AUAACAUGAGAUAAGUGCUUUGCGCUCAAAAUCGUUAUCAACCACCAUCUAACUUCAAGAAGUGCAACACAAACAGGUUUCAGAUCCUAGUUCUAACCCAAUAAAAAGGCCACGCAAACAUCAGAGGUGGUGUGUCAGUGGUUGUCUUCCACAUACACGUCUAGUCAUGAUGCACCUCCUCAGUGCUCUACUUCCCAUGCUGCUUGUCUUCAACCAAGGGGGCUGCAUGAGAGAAAGCAUCUUGGGCGGACAUGAAGCAAAACCCCACAGCCGUCCCUACAUGGUUUACAUACUGUACAAGAUGAAUUCCCAAUGGGCUUCUUGCGAUGGUUUUCUUGUGAGGGAGGAUUUUGUGAUGACGGCAGCUCAUUGCAAAGGACAUACAAUGCUUAUUUUUCCUGGUGUCCACAAUACAUCUGACAUAAAUCCAGACUCAAGACUGAAAGGUACACCACAUGUCCAUCCUGAAUACUCUUCGGACAGAGCAAAUGACAUCAUGCUACUAAAGCUUUCACCAAAUGUUACUCUCAACAACUGGGUGAAGCUGCUACAUCUUCCUCAGACAGAAAAUGAGAGUGCCCUCACAACAGACUGUCUGGUGCCAGGGUGGGGAGCGACAUCACUUGAUGAAAUCGGCUCAAAAGUGUUGAGAGAGGUUAAUGUUACGGUCGACCCCUCUCUCAACUGCGACACCUCUAAAUCAAUCUGUACCAAGGGACCUAGAGGUCCUUAUAAGGGAGACUCUGGAGGCCCACUCAUCUGUGGGAACGUGGCGUAUGGGGUGGUAUCCGCAUGCCACACAGACCAUAAGACGUAUACCUAUUCGUACACUCGGAUUGCCCACUCCCACCACUGGAUCAACCAGAUUAUGACUCCUCUCCAUUAACUACCCAGAUGUAACAAUAUAGGUAUUCAGUAUCGACGGAAUGGACCAAUGUGAACAACAGUUUGCUGUAACUAAACUGAGAAUAUUAGUACCAGUGGUUUUGCUUUGAUAACUGAAAUAUUUAGGAAGUUGCUUAAGAUCUUAAAUCUACAGACUUUACAUACAACUGCAAAACAUCUUGUUUUAGAACUAUAUACCAGAUGUGUUACAGAACUUAAGCUCCUCUUUUGUGCCCUUCUUGGCAAAUGUUGUCAUAGAUCUCAAGACAUGCCUGUCAACACACUGCUUAUUUGAUAAUACACCGCUUUUAAAUGUU